AGUGACUUCCGGUGUAAUGGCGUCAAGAAGCAAGCACUGUUGUCACAUUUUGAUCUACAGUGUUUCAAUAUUUUGCCUUUGUUUAUAUCAGUCGAGUUAACGCAUUCACAAGUUUAUAACCAACAAAAGAAUUAUAAGAUAGACCGAGGAAGGUGAUAGCAUCGUCACUACCAUGGAGGUCACGACUGACGAAGAGGCUCAAGCAGUUCUGUUAGAGGGAAUGGAGGGUGCACAAUAUAUAACCAUACAGCCAGCAGAUGGGGAAUCUCUCUCCAAAGGAGUUCCUUUAAUUACCUUAAAUGGAGAAUUAAUUCCAGAAAGAAUGGUUGUAGAGAUGAUGAAUGCAGGCGUUGGUUCAGAAUAUUCUACAACAACUCAGUACUAUGAAACAGAAGAUGAUCUUUUAUCACACGAACUGACAGAGGAGGAUCGUAGAUUAGCUGCAGCAUUAGUUGCUGUUCAGCUUCAACAGCAACAAAAACAACAACAAUUGCAUAGCCAGCAACACGAAGAUCCCACCUUACCCGAUGUUGGUCAUUUAGAUUCACUCUCACCCGUUAACGCUUAUAUGCAGACAAUACCUGAUCCAGACCCACCUCCAGUAUAUCCGACAAUGCAUUCAAUGAAACGGAUUUCUCAAUCUCAAAAUGUAAAACAGGAGUUUAUCAACAUAAAAAGCGAAUAUGAGAUUGAUGUUUCUGCAGAGAGCAGUGAGGAUGCAACGCCUACUUCAGGACCAAAAAGAUCCUUGCCUCAUAAAAAAAGGAUCCCUAAAAAACUGAAGCAGCAAUCCAAACGGACUUCCGUCAGAAGAGAUAAUGCAAAGUUAAACCAGGAUAUUGUUUCUCAGCAACCAGUUAAUGAACCUCUGAUGCAUGUUUUUCGAUGUGAAUUGUGCGGUUGUUCGAUAGGCGGACAAUUGAAAUUCUUUGAACACUUGAAGGCACACUAUGAACCAGUAAAAGUAGAAUCUAGAAUAGCACAAACCACUAAUACGAGCAUAACAAUAUCUGUGUCAGACUCCGUUCAAGGGAUUGAUACUACUGUAAUAGAAGAGUUUAGUGAACCUGAAGAUCUCAUGGAAGGCAUACGAGGUGUCGUUGAGGAAACAGGAGCUCAUAUUGAUGAGGAAGCUGAUGGUGCACUAAACGAUGUUAAUGGGGGGCCAACUUUGUGGGCAAUUUCGGAUGUACCUGACCACGGUGCGCAGGAACAGGUGGAAACCACUACAAUUAAUGAAAAUGAUUUACUGGAUAAAGAAGAAAUCGAAGUACCACAAACUAAAAAGAAGAAAUCACAAAAACAUAGAAGGUCAAUUGACGAGCUUGCCUGCCUGCAAUGCGGUCGAUCAUUCAACCAUAAGAAUAGUUUGGUUUAUCAUAUGCGAUCUCAUAGUGGAGAAAGGCCUCAUCAGUGUGACGUUUGUGGAAAAAGUUUCUUUGCUGCUAGUGCAUUAAAGGUACACAAAAGAUUACAUAGUGGCGACAAACCGUACAAGUGCGACGAUUGUGGACGUCACUUCCGUCAAUGGGGUGACUUGAAAUAUCACUCGACAAGUAUACACUCCGAACAAAAACAAUUCCAGUGUGAAUAUUGUGGCAAAGACUUUGCGCGAAAAUAUUCUCUUAUUGUCCACAGACGUAUUCAUACUGGUGAAAAAAAUUAUCGAUGCGAAUAUUGUAAUAAGACUUUUAGAGCAAGCAGUUACCUGCAAAAUCAUAGACGAAUUCAUACAGGCGAAAAACCUCACCCAUGUACAGUUUGUGGAAAACCCUUCAGGGUAAGAAGCGACAUGAAAAGGCAUCUGAACACGCAUUCGCGCGGAAGAUUUGAUAGGCCUGUAAAUCGUACGACCAUGACUAAAAACUUAACGGAUGAUGAAAAUAAAGCAUCUCAAGUCAGAACGAUUCAGAAUAGUUUGGUUGAGGAACUAAAGUUGGAAGUUGAAGGUAAUGGAGUUGAACUUGUUUCGCCAGAAGACAAUCCGGAGAGUAUUCUACCACAUGAAGGUGGGCAGAACAUGGAUUAUUCUGCUACACGUACGACAGAUGGUGGGACAGACAGGGAUCCUUUGGAGGCAGAUGUACGAACUACAGAUACGCUGUACACGUGGCCAUGUUAUCAUCUGUAGCCUAUUGUUCGCUAUCGAAUUAUUUCAUGUAACUUUGGCUGAUUAUUGAUGUACAGUUUUGCGUAUGAUCAUAAGUCAGUGUAAACACUGUUUCAAGAAAGACGUUUUAUCAACAGAUCUCGUACAUGAAUUGAAUUUUCUAAUGA